AUGCCGCUCUCUCAGCUUUCAGAUAUACGUACCAAGAAGGACUUGCUUUCCUUCAGAGUUACAUCAGCAAAUGACAAUGUUUUUCGUCUGAGAGCUUCUAACAAUGCUGAGAGGAAGAAAUGGGUUCACGCAAUCACUGACAUUAAGACGAAAUUGUACAAAAGAAUGUUCACGGGAUUUUAUAACACAAAUGAAAGAGUGCAAAUACAUGCAGAUGAAGAAAAUGACGACAAUGGUAGCGAUUGUGUUUUUACACAAUUACAAGAAACAGUAAGCAAAGAUGAUGGUAUUGCUGCAACAGAAACAGACAUCACAUCAUUUUUUAAAACUGCAAAAAAGCAAUUUCUUGCCGUAGCAGCAAUUGACUUUGGAACUACGUAUUCUGGAUGUGCAUUUUCAACUGUUCAAGAUUUUAAAGCUGACCCGUUGAAAAUAACUACAAUCGAACUAGACGAUGAAAAUGUUGUCUCAUACAAAACUCCUACAGUCUUACUUUUGAACCCCGAGGGACACUUUCAUUCAUUUGGAUCAAAGGCAGCUGAUCAUUAUUUAACUUUAGCAGAAACAGAAGAAGCUGUUAAAUGGUAUUAUUUUGAUCGCUUCAAAAUGCAACUUUAUAGGAAAGGGGAGCUGACAAACAACAUGGAAAUAAAAGAAAUUGGUGGUAAAAAAAUGAAAGCCAUGCUAGUUUUUGCAUUCUGCAUUGAACACAUCAAAGACAUGGUAUUAGAUAGAUUGAGCAAGGCAAUAGAUAGACUUGAUGAAGAUGAUGUCCACUGGGUAGUGACAGUCCCGGCAAUCUGGAAUGAUCCAGCUAGACAAUUUAUGAUUGAAGCGUCUGCAAAGGCAGGCAUAGGAAAAGAUAAUUUGACAUUGGCGUUGGAACCAGAAGGGGCUGCUAUUUGCUGCAAAUAUAUUGCGAUGGAUAAAAUGAAAAGUGGUGAUGCGACUGAACUAAAAGCUUUUGAUGAAAAUUCACGAUUUAUGGUUGUUGAUUUAGGAGGGGGAACAAUUGACAUCACUGUGUCAGAAGUUUUAUCGACCGGACAACUUAGAGAAAUCUACAACGCUACAGGAGGUCCUUGGGGUGGAAAUUAUAUCAAUGACCAGAUAAUUAAAACCCUAAUAGAAGUUAUUGGGUGGAGUGUGAUGGGAAUGUUUAAAUCAGAAGAUUUUGACGAUUACCUCCAAUUGUUGAAAAAUGUGGAGGAGAAAAAACGUAGUAUAAAGUACGACUGCGAGUUAUCAUUAACGAUAACAAAAGAUCUCCAAAAUAAAAUUGAGAUUCCCGAGACAUACAAAAAAGAUGUACGAAAGGAUAGAAAGCGCAUUAAGUUAUCAUCCACAUUGAUGAAGAAAAUUUUUGCAUCGUCAGUCGAUUCAAUGAUGAAACAUGUUGAUCGGCUUCUUGAGAAAGAUGAAACAAAAUUGGUGUCAUCUAUAUUGUUGGUAGGUGGAUAUGCAGCCUGUGACUUUGUCCAACGCGCAUUCCGCGAGAAGUUCGAGAAGAGGUACAGGAUAAUAUUUCCAUUGAGUUCAGAUAUGAUUGUCUUAAAAGGCGCUGUUAUAUCAGGUCAUCUCGUCGAAGCAAUCGUGGGCAGGAUGGCAAAAUAUCAUUACGGUCUAGGUCUUAUCACAGAAGCAGUCUCUGGGCGUGUUCUAUCAGUUGGAGAAAGUAACGGAAAAAAACAGUUUUUCUCAUUAAUCAAAAAAGGUCAAAAGAUUAAUGUCGGAGAUGUGGUAACCGAAUACAAAGUCGUCUUAAACGCUACAACGCAAUGGGCAAAUCUUGAAGUCUACACAACUGAAGACGAUACACCAAAACCAGUUAUUGAUGAGAAGUAUUUUACCAAAGUCGGAAACAUCAAUGUUAGACUUCCACAAUUCAAAAAAAAAAGCACUCUCGCCCUCACCAUAUCGUAUGAUGAAACCGAAUUCAAGGUUGUAGCCAGAGAUGAAAGUACAGGUUGCUGCUUUGUUGGUAAUUGUCAGUUUUUAGAGAAAGAAAUCAAGCCAUAUCUGGCUAGUACAAAAAUUUAAACAGACUUUACAAAACGUGAAAGAAUAACCUUUUAUGGCUUUGUUAUUAUUGUGUCAAAAUGCUUAGAAAUAGAUGUCCAAUCAAUACAUAGAUUGUGUAGUACGUGUGUAUAUUAAUAUUAAAC